AUGGCCGACGUCGAGAUAGCUAGUCCGCCCACAACGGUGCCUCAAGAUAACGAGGCAGACGAUUCAUCUAUGGCUGUUGCGACAACAAGCAAUGAGGUUGUGGCAGGAGAGAGGAAAGUGAAGAAGAUCAUGCGCAAAAAGAAACGCCCGGCGCGACCACAAGUCGACCCUUCGACGAUAAAAUCCGAGCCACCCCCUCAGACAGGUACUAUCUUCAAUAUUUGGUACAACAAAUGGUCCGGUGGCGAUCGGGAGGACAAAUACCUGUCGAAGACUGCCGCCGCGGGGCGUUGCAAUGUUGCGAAGGAUACCGGAUAUACGAAGGCGGACAAAGUCUCUGGAAGCUACUUCUGCCUAUUCUUUGCGCGCGGCAUCUGUCCGAAGGGUCAAGAGUGCGAGUAUCUUCACAGAUUACCAGGCAUUCACGAUCACUUUAACCCGAACGUCGAUGUAUUUGGCAGAGACAAGCAUUCCGACUACAGAGAUGACAUGGGAGGUGUGGGAAGUUUCAUGAGGCAGAAUCGCACUAUCUAUGUAGGAAGGAUACAUGUCAGUGACGAUAUCGAGGAGACUGUGGCUAGACAUUUUGCAGAAUGGGGCCAAGUCGAGCGCAUCCGUGUUCUGAACACUCGAGGUGUAGCUUUCAUCACAUAUUCGAACGAAGCGAAUGCACAGUUUGCAAAGGAAGCCAUGGCGCACCAAUCCCUGGACCACAGCGAGAUUCUGAACGUUCGAUGGGCAAGCGCAGAUCCCAAUCCGAUGGCACAAAAGCGAGAGGUACGGAGAAUUGAGGAGCAGGCAGCCGAGGCUGUACGAAGAGCGCUUCCAGCCGAAUUCGUCGCAGAGAUUGAGGGACGUGAUCCUGAAGCACGGAAACGGAAAAAAAUUGAUGGGGGGUUUGGGUUGGCUGGUUAUGAGGCUCCGGAUGACAUUUACUUUGCUAGGAGUGCAAAUGCCGUCAAUCCGGUGGGAAGACAGGGGCUAGAACAGGGGCUGGAGCUUGAGGACGAACAAAGAUUGAUGAUCGAGGCAGACCAGGUCGAGAGGGAAGAGGCAGAGGCAAAGGAGAGUGGUAUUUUCUCGAGUAGCACUCUGGCAGCUUUCAGAGGUGCGCAAGUAGUGGCUUCUAAGCCAAAGGCACCAGCGCCAUCAGGUCCUUUGGUUGCAUACGAUAGUGAUAGCGAUUAG